GUUCCGAGCGUUCCUUCUUGUUCGACGCACGCUCGGUUUCCGUUGCUCUCGUAGAGGCCUCACCGAGCAUAUCGCAUGACUCGCGAGGCAUGUGGCCGACAGUUUACUUCGGGACCUCGAACCGGUCGAUUCGCGGACGAUUUCGAGCGUUCCCCGCGACUAAGGUAAACGAACGCGAGGAGAGUACCUACAGGAUCGCCCGAACAUGAGGCUGCACGUCAGAAGCGUCAACGACAGCCACGGACUGGCCUCUUCGAGGGAAGGGGAAGUGUCGUGGUCUACGACAGAGACACCUUUCACCGCCGAAGAAGAAGACGCGAUAGUCACGUUGGUGGUGGUCGUGGUCGGUAUCAUCGUGGCCAUAGUUAUACUCUUCUCAAUGGGGAUAUUCAUCGAUUGCAAACAUCAGAAAAAGGACGCGCUGAAGAAGAGGAAGCUGAAGCUGAGAAUGCCGCCGAUAUCCCGAGCGAGAAAGGGCGAGAAGGAGGACGUGAAAUCACUGGCGGCCGACAUGUGUCCGAACGGGGCCAGCGACGCCGAUUUCCGAACGAGGAACGCGGUGGUUUGACAGUCCACUGCGCCGUCUUGAAAUUCAACACGAAUGCAAGCCACGGUGCAGCUGGAUCUUGUUGAACUUCAUCGAGACGGAGGAAGGUGGUCCCCGGCGGAAGCUAACGAACUAUCGAAGCGAUUUAAACGAUUUAAGCGAUCCAAAUGAGCGAGGGGAGUGGCUCGUUGUCCUAGAAUCACGCGGGGAAAUGAAAUUCGGCGAACGACGCGCGUGCCCAUCGCGGGGAAGUUGUUCGCGAACGGAGAUUAUAAUGAUUCCCUCGACUGUGAUUCAUAUAUCCCUAUUUAUCUCGUCCGUCGAUUGAAAUUCUUCGAUCGCAUCGAUCGGAUCUCGUGGCCCUGCAAAAAGUUGUUGCGGCAAGCAACGCAAUUGGAAUGCGACGAAGCUGAUCCCUCUUUCCUUUCUGUCUUUCUCUCCUUUUUGUUCCCUCUGUCGUCGUCUCGCGCCGAAUUUAAGUGUUCGCUCGAUACGAUGAGCAUCGUACGAACGGGAAUGCGAACGUAUCAACGUGAAAACAGAUGUUUACAGACGUAGGCGGUAUCGACUGAUUUUAUGCAACUGCAUUUCGUCGCGAUUCCAAUUGCUACAGUGCCGAGAUGUCAAUGUCUAGUCAUUCCUUCGGCCUUGUAGCGAUUAGCUGUUGGAGUGUCGUUCCGUCAUCUAUCCGCGCGACGAAUUUAUCGCGGAUCAUUCAAUAAAUCGUGGGCAACGUUGAAUGUUCGCGCAUCGACGCUGAUUAGAACGGCGGAAAAAUAUGCUGACGUGAAAUGUAACACGAACCGAUUCGUCGGGCGCAGAUUGCAGAGCGUUCGAGAUACCUCUAAUCGAAAACCGUGUACGCAUUAUGUUCGUAUCGAUUCACCAUAAUCGUGUUAUACGUGUACGCACGCGUACACAAACUUAAACUGUACAUACGUGAUAUUGCCUGAAAAUAAGAUAUUUU